AUCUUUUCUCACUUGCACUUUUUACUUUUGUUUGCUUCCUUCAUUCGUCCUCUCUAAUUUUCUAUUCCUUUUCUUAGUUUGUUUUCUCUUCCUUAUCAUUCCUUUUGUUUUGUCCAAUUCUCUCUACUUCCCGAAGAAAAAAAAAUGUAUCAUCAUCAUAACCACCACUUUCUUCCUUACUGUUUGCAUUGCCAUCCACAUAGCUAUAUUCGGAUGGUUCAACAUCUUAUUGAAAGAUGCUUACUUCUUCACAUGAGUCUGGAUCAAUGCAUAAAGGCCUUAGAACAGCAUGCAAGCAUCCGACCGCUCGUCACUCUAACUGUGUGGAGAGAGCUACAAAAGGAGAAUAGAGACUUCUUUCAUGCAUACUUCCAUGCUAUAUCUCCCAGGCCCGUCUUUAUGAGAAACCAUAUCCACAAGGCACCAAGAUUAACCAAGAAGAGACAUUACUGGCGGUGAAUGAGAGACUAGCUAGCUAUGACAUUGGGCUUGAUUAGUGGAACACCAUCUUAAUUAGCUAGAUAUAUAUUUACCCUUAAGGUGGAAAAUUGAAUAAAAGUUCCACAGUUUAUAUUAUUUUUCAUGCAUAGUGUAGAAUCUCUCCAUGUUCACACACACACACACACACACACACACACACACACACACACACAUAUAUAUAUAUAUAUAUAUAUAUAUGUGUGUUAUGGUUGGGUGGUAUUAUAAAAAAUUCACUAUGUACAAAUUAUUUAUAUCUAUUAAUUAUUAUUUUUUAUUUA